AUGUCUUCUUCCAAACUGAUUGUUAUCAUCGGAGCCACCGGUAACCAGGGUGGCUCUGUCGCCAACGCAUUCCUUGAGGAACCCGGCUGGCAGGUUCGCGCCCUGACUCGCAACACCUCAAGCCCCAAGGCUCAAGCUCUAGCAAAGCGCGGAGCUCAAGUCGCCUAUGUUGACCUCGACACGCCUGAGACGUUCCCGGCUGCUUUUGAGGGUGCCAAUGCCAUCUUCGCCGUCAGUGACUUUUGGGGCCUCUAUGGUGAUCCUGCCAACAAGGACAAGCCCAAGCCUGGACAGCCAUUAAAUGUUUGGGCAGCCGAGCAUGAAACUGAGCAACUGAAGGGUGUCAUCGACGCAGUCGCCAAGGUACCAACGCUGGAGCGCUUCGUCCUCUCCUCGCUCGCAAACGUGACGAAGUGGUCCAAGGGAAAGUACACCCAUGCCUACCACUUUGACUCAAAGGCAAAUGCAGAGGAUUAUGGCAGGGAGAAGUACCCGGACUUGUUCAAAAAGACGAGUAUCUUCCAACCCGGUUUUUUCUUGAGCAACUAUGUCAGCAACCCUAUUACUAAAGCAACCAAGAACGAGGAAGGAACAGUCCAAUUCAUCGGGCACUUGGAGUCGGACGUCAAAGUGCCAUUCAUCGCCGCCGAAGAGGAUUCCGGUCCCUUCGUUAAAGUCCUCGUCAACGAGCCUGCCGGAAAGAACGUCAUUGGCUACAGGGGAUGGCUGACUAUGCCAGAGCUGGCGGAGGCAUUCACAAGAGCGACUGGUAUGAAGUCCGAGUCUAUCACCUUGCCCAAGGGUGAAUUUCCUCUACCCCUUCCGGAUGAGUUGAAAUUGGAGCUUGAAGAGAACUUUGCCGCCUGUAAUGAGAUUGGUUACGAGGCCAGGAACGAUCCUACUAUAAUUCAUCCUCGAGAUCUGGAGUCGCCGCCGUCACUCGAUACCGUGGAGGACUACUUCAAGAAACAGGAUUGGGCGAAGACCUUUGCCGCUUAA